AUGGAAAUGUCUUACGGCGGAGGAUACGGUAAUCAAGGAGGAUACGGUGGCGGUGGCCAAGGAGGUGGCUACGGCGGUGGUGGAUAUGGUGGUGGAAGAGGUGGUGGCUACGGCGGUAGUGGUGGAGGAUACGGAGGGAGAGGUGGAGGCUACGGUGGUGGCGGAAGAAGAGACAAAUUUGACAACAUGAGACUGGAACUAGUUGCACCUCAAUGGGAUUUAGAAACUUUGCCAAAGUUUGAAAAAAAUUUCUAUAUCGAGCAUCCCAACGUGGCUGCAAGGUCUGAUGCCGAAAUUGACGCCUUCAGAAGGGAAAAUGAAAUGAGUAUAAAUGGCCAUGACAUCCCCCAUCCCAUCACCUCCUUUGAUGAGGCUGGGUUCCCCGAUUACGUCUUGAACGAAGUGAAAAAUCAAGGUUUCCCAAAGCCAACAGGUAUUCAAUGUCAGGGUUGGCCAAUGGCUUUGAGUGGUAGGGAUAUGGUUGGUAUCGCCUCCACUGGUUCCGGCAAAACCUUGUCCUACUGUUUACCAGGUAUUGUCCACAUCAAUGCCCAGCCUUUGUUGCAAAGAGGCGAUGGUCCCAUUGUCUUGGUGUUGGCCCCAACAAGAGAAUUGGCUGUUCAAAUUCAAACUGAAUGUAGCAAGUUUGGUAAGUCAUCCAGAAUCAGAAACACGUGUGUUUACGGUGGUGCCCCAAAAGGCCCUCAAGUUCGAGACUUGGCCAACGGUGUUGAAAUCUGUAUUGCUACCCCAGGCAGAUUAAUUGAUAUGUUGGAGGCUGGCAAGACCAAUUUAAAGAGAGUCACUUAUUUGGUUUUGGAUGAGGCCGACAGAAUGUUGGAUAUGGGGUUUGAGCCUCAAAUUAGAAAAAUUGUCGAUCAAAUCAGACCAGAUCGUCAGACUUUGAUGUGGUCUGCAACUUGGCCAAAAGAAGUGCAAGCUUUAGCUAGAGAUUACUUGGUUGAUCCUAUUCAAGUUACAAUUGGUUCAUUAGAGUUGGCUGCUUCUCACACCAUCACCCAAAUUGUUCAAGUUGUCACUGAUUUCCAAAAGAGAGACUUGUUGGUUAAACAGUUGGAAGGUGCCUUGAAUGAUCAAAAUUCCAAAGUUUUGGUUUUUGCCUCAACAAAGAGAACUUGUGAUGAAGUCACCAGUUAUUUGAGGUCAGAUGGCUGGCCAGCAUUAGCCAUUCACGGUGACAAAGAGCAGCACGAAAGAGAUUGGGUAUUGAAGGAAUUUAGAACCGGAGGACAUUCAAUCAUGGUUGCAACCGAUGUUGCAGCAAGAGGUAUUGGUACGUAUUAACUUGUUUUUUUUGUUUAGAAAAAAAAAGUGGGGGAGAAAAAAAGUUACUAUUAACGAUUUGUUUAUUAGGAAUUUGAAAUUUUGUACUCGCAGGUCGAGUCCAUGGGAGAUCUGAUCCAUGUUUUUUGAAACUUGAAUGCAAGUUUAUCGCAAUAGGAUGAUUUACAUUUAACGCGCACCAAAUGUUGAUGAUAUUCGAAUGACUUAUAUUUCUGAUUUAACUCGUGCAAAGAGGAAAACAAAAACAAAAGGAAUGCCUGGUGCAAUUUUUUCAGAAAUUGUCUAGAAUGAGUGGUUCAACUCACAUUUGAAGGCAUUUUGUUUUUUUGUUUUCUUGCGGGGUCCCGUACUAAAAGACGAGUUUAACAUGUGGUAUGAUUGUGUUUGGAUCAACCAUUUCUUGGAUAUACCAAGGAUAUACUGUCAUUGAAGUGAGACAAACAGAAAAAAAAAAGAAAACGGAUACUGCGCGUAUAGGUAUUGAUUGUUCUUUGUGAUGUUCUUUUUAUAACAAGCAAGUUUCAAUAAAUGGAAGGAAAAGAGAGAAGGGGGGGAGGAUUGUCGAGCUGAUGUGGAUGGGACUGAUUUGAAUUGAUUUCAUUUCAUUACAAUUCAUCACCAUACCAACCUCCUCCUUUUUUUUUUUUUUUUUUUUUUUGCAAUUGCAAAAACUUAUUCAAUCUCCUGUAGUUUCAAAUUACCUAAGAUUUUCAAAGAGGCUUUUCCCCUUGCUCUUUACCGGAUUGGACUUGAUAUACUAACUCUUGGUUUUUUUUUCAUAAAGAUGUCAAAGGUAUAACACAUGUGGUUAAUUUCGAUAUGCCAGGAAACAUUGAAGACUACGUUCAUCGUAUUGGUAGAACAGGUAGAGGUGGUGCAACGGGUACUGCCAUUUCGUUUUUCACUGAAAAGGACAAGAAACUAGGCGGCGACUUGUGCAAGAUUAUGAGAGAGGCCAAACAGACUGUUCCACCUGAAUUACUACAAUAUGAUAGAAGAGGGUUCGGGGGACAUAUCAGAUAUGGUGCUGGUAGAGGCGGCCGCGGUGGCAGAGGAGGUAGAGGCGGGUAUGGCAGAAGAGGCGGUUAUUCCAGUGGAAGCAACACUGCACCAUUGGGCAACCGCCGCUUCUGA